AUGUUAUCCGCCAUGACCCGACCAGAAGAUACGGUGCGAGGGCCACGCAGUUACCGGGGUGAGACAGACGAGGAUGAGGGAGAGAAGGGCUCGACCGAUUCCCUGGUCCCCCCUCCAUUGUCAUACAAUGAUGGCUCGCCGCGUACAGAGGAAGAUGGGUCGAGACCGGGUACCGCGAUGAGCGACCACCCUGGCAGUGGUAGCAAACAAUCCUCAAACCAGAAGCUGUUGACGCACGAGGAAACGAUCGAACUCGCCCGGCGCGCCGUGGAAAGUGGAAUUCAAGAUACUAAACGGUCUUUGGCGGGGAGCGAGGCUGUCACGGAUGUGGUCAAGCCUAAGUUAACAAUUGAUCUGGGCCAUUCGCAUAUUGUCAGGAUACCGGAGCCUGUGGUAGACAUUAUCAAGGACGAGGUAGAAAGGCUUUCCCUGUCGAAUAACCAUCUGUUUCAUAUUCCUUACCGUUUUGCCGAGUGCUCCCAUCUCCGUUAUCUCAAUAUUCGAGCAAACAAUUUCCGUGAAUUCCCUAAAGGAGUCUAUAAAUUACCUCUGCUGGAGAUUCUUGAUCUCAGUCGGAACAAGAUCAAUGCACUUCCAGAUGAGAUCAGCAAGUUGAGAUCCCUACGGGUGUUGUCGAUUAUGCAGAACCGGUUGGAUGAUCUCCCAGUUGGGCUGUCCGAUAUGAACAAGCUCCAAAUUCUCAAAAUAGCGGGCAACCCUCUGCGAUAUCCUCUCCGUCGUGUAUUGGAAGCGUCAGAGGCUGAAAUAGCACCUCACAUGACGGACAAUGAAAAGGAAGUUGCGGUGACUGCAGAGCUGAAAAGGUUCUUGAGAACUAGACAGCAAUCGACAACACCCGAGCCAGAGAACAGUGGCGAUACAAGCGAUAUUUCAUUUGAGACGCCAAGACCCGUGCCAGUGAAACGAAAAUUGAGUAGUCGAUUUCCCGUUAUCCCAAGCACCGGUGACGGAUCCGCUCCCUCAUCUCGAUCUCCCUCCAUCUCACGCGCACCGGCGAUUCCAGCCAAAUCACACUUCCGAAUGGCCUCUGGUCAACAACCCCUCGGCUAUCAUAUGCCUGGUCUUCAGCGACCCGGUGCGAACCCUCACGCUGUCAACGAACGCAACCGAAGUAACAGUGAGGGUAUCAUCCAGGCAUCUUUCUCAGCUCGUAAUAAGCGCAUGGGCCUCAUUACUCGCAAAAAUACCGAUCUUGGGACGUUGGAUGAAACUCGGCCAUAUCGAAACAGCCACUUGCGUGGCCUCAGUCACGGAUCUGUUCUCCGAGCACACCCGACGGCACCAGCUCCUGCCAGCAGCAGUAGCUCUUCUAGCCCGAGUAGCCCACGAGAACGGCGACGUGUACGAGAUGGCUGGGUCAACCGGAUGUCGAGUCUUCCAGAACACAAGGGUGAACGAGGAUCAGACGACCCCAUCAUUGAGAGUGCCAAGGGCAUCCUGUUUGCGCUCUUCCAAAUCCACUCUCACAUUUCUACCCUGAUCAACGUGAUCCAGCGCGACGACACACGACGCCACAGCCUAGAGCUCGUCUUCUACAAUGCUUCUACCCACGUCGAUCGGCUCAACGAAGCCCUCGAGAAUGCCGAAACUUCACUGCCCGACAGUCGCGAGUCAGCAAGAAUGAUCACGGAAACAGUCAAGCGCGAAUGUGAGACAUGUAUCGUGGCUUAUACCCACGUUGGCACACAGCUGCGGAACAGUGCUGCAAAGAUCGUCUCAAAUGCUGACUCGCGCUAUGUGCGCUCGCUCAUGUUGAUGAUGUAUGGCAGUCUAGUGGAGUUGCGCAAUGCCUGUGCUAGCCUCAAUAUCCCGAUGUACCAGCCUCAAAAAUUUACCCCGGCUCCCAAGGCAAUCAUGCCAGAGCCCAUCAAGGGCCCUCCUCCCGACCGGUUCCAGCGAUCUAUUGUCACCCCGACUCGCGACCCAGCUCCCCCAACACGGCGAUUACGAAGCGACACUACAAUCCGACACCCUCAUAUGGCCAUGGGUAAUCCGUUAUCCUUGAAUCCCACUAGCCAUUCAGCGACUGGAUCACCUGGCUACACUACUCCAUCCUUCAAUUAUGCACGCAGUCGGUCAAGCAGUCGGUCAAAUCUCAUCAACACUUCGGUGCCGUCCUCUUUAGCGACGCCACGUUCCGGAGAGGCCUUCCCUCCCAUUCCCACAUCAAGCGGCGUACCUCGAAUCAAUCCAUUGACCGGUUUAGAUGAGAUUGAGGAGGAACGAAUCUUCGAGAAGAUCUUCCAUCAACUCACUUCCGCAUACAGCUCCGCUCUCCAGGCACUCCCACUCGCUCGGCGACAAUUCAUCCGAUGCCUUGAAGUGGCAGAGCAAUCGCGCGAGUCAGAAGGAAUUCAAAUUCUCUGGAAUAAUCUCAUCCGCCGAUGCCGCUUCUGCCUGGAAGUGUCCGAGGCACUGGGAAUGCGCCUCUCUAACAUGAAGGUGAAGGAACCGGGCGGCGGACUACGGAACCAGCGCGAGUUCUGGCAACUAUGCAAGACCUUUAUGCAGUCUUUCGUCGAUCUUGUGACUGAUAUGCGAGAGGUGCGGAGCAUGCAACUUCUCCCUGGCGAUAUCAUCAUUAUACUCCGCCCGGUACAGAAAGCCAGCCGCGAAGCGGGUCGCCUGAUUGAGGCAUCUCCUUGGUCGUAUCUCGCAGAUAUGGCCCCAACCCACACGCCAAGCAACUUGUAUGGGCCGCCCCUUCAACCCCCUCAGCUGCACUCGCAACACCAAACCUCGGUCUCGACCUCGGCCAUUGGGUCUCACUCAACUGCGUAUCAGCUUGCUGCGAGCAUGUCCCCGCAAUCGGUCACCGUGCCUGCAACUCCGCUGAGCGCUGCGCUGGGCCCCGCCGCGCAGGCUACCGUGCCCUCUACGCCGGCGAGUGCAUACAGCGACAAGUUCUUCGAGGGUGACGUUUUCCAGCGAGCAGACUCGCUCCUGUCCAUGCCAAACCAAGCACCCUUCUUCGCUCGCCGAUGA